ACGUCGCUGGACCUCCUCGCGCGCUUGCCGAUGGACAGCAUCCACAGCUACGAGGCGCUCGUGCCGACGAACCCCAUCUUCUACAAGGCCUGCACGUCCGGCGUGGCCUACACGCUGGGCGACUUCGUGUCCCAGAUCUACCAGGGCCGGAACCUCAAGUCCGUGGACCUCGCGCGGUCCGCGCGGUCGGGCGCCGCGGGCUUCGUCGGCCACGGCCCGCUCUGCCACUUCUGGAUGGUCUGGAUGGAGGCGCACCUGGACUUCGACGGGGCCUGGUACGGGACCGGUUUCAAGGUCUUCGCGGACCAGACGGUCUGGAGCCUGUACCUCAACGCGAUGUACAGCUUCCUCAUCGGCUCGUUCGCGCUGCGGAACCCCAGGGACGUCUGGGAGGACGUCAAGGCGACGUCCUGGCCGGCGCUGCGGUCGUCCUGGCGCUUCUGGCCCUUCGUGCACACCAUCUCCUUCUCGCACCUCGUGCCCCUGGACCUGAAGCUGCUGUGGGUCGACGCGAUGGAGAUCGUCUGGGUGACCAUCCUGUCCAAGGUCGCGAACGACGACAAGGUGGCGAAGCUCGACGAAGAC